AUGACGUUUGCGAUUGAUGAAAUAAAUAAUUCCACCUCUCUUCUGCUGGGUGUGCAACUGGGUUAUGAAACCUAUGAUGACUGUUUUGAGAUACUGGCCUCCCUCCUGCCCAGCCUUCUAUUGUUAUCAGAAGACAAGAAUAAUGAGAUUGACAUUCUCUGUAAUUACACAGAAACCGUGAUAGCACUGAUAGGAUCUUGGGCAUCAGAACGAGCAAUUGUCACAGCCAAACUAUUCAGCUUGUUUUUAAUUCCACAUGUAAAUUGUGUUUUCAAGGUACCUCCAUCCUAUUCUUCCAAGAGCUGUGGCCUGGGGCAGAAGGAAAUUGCCAUCAGCCUUUAUUUCUACUGCUUUGAAUAUAAAGGUUGUCCAGGAGGAACUUUCCAGAACCUGGCCACUCUUCAUCCACUCUUUAACAUGCUUCAUGUUCAUUACUGGAUAGUUUUCUGUUGCAUCCUAAAUGGACAGUAUGAUACCUCAGCAUCUGACCGCAGCAGAGACCCACUCAGGCAGUUCCAGGCUGCUGGCGACUACGUACUUGGAGGGUUCUUUCCCCUUUAUUCCACUGAAGUACACUGGAUGAGUGAAACAAGGUCAGAGUCUGGAAAAUGUGAAAGUUUCCAGCUGAAUGGUUUCCACUGGUUUCAGGCGAUGAAGUUUGCCAUUGAGGAGAUCAAUAACUCCAGCACUCUCUUACCAGGUGUGACCCUGGGAUACGACAUCCAGGACACCUGCCUCAAGUCCUCAAUUGCGAUACAGUCAGCCAUUUCCUUCUUGACCGCAAAGGAUGAAAACAGAUUUAAACUGAAGUGUGAUUACACGAACUAUAGUACACGAGUACUCGCUGCUCUUGGCCCCUCUAACUCUGAGCUCUCCAAGGUGAUUGCUCGGCUCUUCAGCUUCCUCCUCAUUCCACAGAUUAGUUAUGCUGCUUCAAGCAAUUUAUUCAAUGACAGGACGAAUUUUCCAUCAUUUUACCGGACGGUUCCCACAGAUGAAGUCCAGGCAGCAGCCAUGGUGUCAAUGGUGAAGACAUUUCAAUGGAACUGGAUGGCAGUGAUUGGGACAGACAACAUGUACGGCCGAAGGGGAAUAGAACACUUUACCAAACUUGCUUCUGGAACUGGGAUUUGCAUUGCAUAUGAGGAAUUGAUUCCCUUGAAUUUACCUGGCUCCACAUUUCAUAGAAAAAUGGUGUCAGUCAUCAAGAACAUUAUCUAUUCACGAGUUAACAUCACAGCUGUAUUCGCUGAUGAACAUUAUGCCCAGACACUAAUGACAAUAAUCCUUGAGCAAAAUGUGACAGGUAAAGUGUGGAUUGCCAGUGAGGCUUGGGUCACCUCUGAAACAGUUGCUAGCUCCCCAAACAUCUCAAGCAUAGGGACCAUUCUAGGUGUGGCCAUUAAAAGUGGCCAUAUACCUGGCUUUGAAUGCUACAAAUCUGCAGCACUGGCCGUCAGGGACCUGCCCAGUCUGAAAUCUAAGAGAUGUGGGAGUGAAGGGAAACUUCUGAAAGCAGAGUGUAAUGAAUGUCUAACACAAUCUGUUGAUGAAGAUGCUGACGGUGAUAGUGAAGACCUACAGCGCAUUUCAUUUAAUGUCUAUGCUGCAGUCUACACUGUGGCCCAUGCACUCCAUCGCCUGCUCCACUGUAACUUGGGGAACUGCAGUAGGAGCACUAUUUACCCAUGGCAGCUCCUCAAAGAAAUUCCACAAGUUAAUUUCACUCUCCAUGGCAGAGUGAUUUUCUUUGACAAAUAUGGAAACCCACCCACAGGAUAUGAUAUAAUUAACUGGCAAUGGAGAAGUGGGAAUCAAAUUCCUGACUUCAAAAUGAUUGGAGAAUACAUAGCACAGCAGAAGGAGCUUCGAAUUAAUACAUCCCUGAUCCAAUGGAACACACCUCAGAAUAAGGUGUUUGAAAUCAUGAAUUUAGAAGGUGCUGUCAAAGGAGCCUUGGGGUGGAGAUAUUUGAUGCACAAAUCCCCCUCGUAUAGUAACAAUGUUUCCCUCCUCCACACAGACAAUCAGUGCAUUCCGUGCCUGAAGAAUGAAUGGUCAUUGCUGAAGAGUAUUAAAUGUCAGAAUAAAACAAUUGAGUUCCUACGGUGGACAGACACACUGGGUAUCCUAUUGGUCUCACUGACUACUGUGGGUCUUCUCAUCAUAGCGGCGAUAACCAGCAUUUUCAUCAUCAAUCUGAAUACUCCCAUGGUCCAGCUGGCUGGUGGUAAAACCUGUCUGGUGAUGCUGGUGUCCAUGACCAUCUCGUGCUGCAGUCUUUACUUGUUCAUGGAGAAGCCAAACUGGUUGCUCUGUACCAUCAGGCAGCCCAUUUUCUCAUUUGGUCUGACAGGCUGUCUAUCAGCUAUGCUAGUAAAGUCCUUCCGUGUAAGUGGCCUGUUAAUAGGGACCAGCUUUAGUGCACAAUGGUGGCCUGGGGUUCUGAAGUAUCUCGGGGUGUGUUCACUUGUUCUCAUUCAGAUCAUUCUGUGUUCAGUUUGGCAGUCCACAUCCCCUCCCUCUGUCUUUGCAAACUACAACAUCUCUGUGACAGUAAUAGUUGUGGAGUGUGAUGAGGGUUCUGUGACUGGCUUUGGGCUACUAAUGGGCUACAAUGGUGUGCUUGCUCUUGCAUGCUUCCUGUGCACAUUCAUGGUUCAAAGCUCAGCCAAAACCUACAACCUAGCACGGCACAUCACCUUCGCUAUGCUCAUCUACCUCAUGGCCUGGGUUUUCUUCAUCCCAGCCCAUGCCGCAGUGAAAGGCAAGUUUGUCUCCUCUAUACAGCUGUUUACAGGUCUCGUGAGCAUAUAUGGAAUCAUCACCGCCUACUUCCUGCCUAAAUGCUACAUUAUCCUCCUUAAACCUGAGUUCAACAGUGAAACCUACUGUCGAAACCCGAUGGUCAAUCCUCCACCCAACACUGAAUCCCAGUGA